UUCUAACUUACAAAACUUUAAUUUAAUAAAAUCCCCACUUAAAUUAAGAGGCAAAACCCGGAUCCAGGUUCCGGCCCGUUACAAGCGAAACGUACAUACAAUCGGAUUCAAAACCUAACAAUCGGUAGGAACAGAAUCAAGGAACGAGCAUGUCGUCAAGAGCAGCAACUCCAACCACUACACCGCCUUACCCAAGUGCCGCAAGAAUCUCAGAUUCUCAAUGCUAUCCUCAAUACACCGCCUCUCUCAAAUGUCUGGAAGAAUUUAGUUCGGACAAGAGCAAAUGUCAAGAACAUUUCGAUGUUUACAAGGAAUGCAAGAAAAAGGAGAGGGAGGCUCGGUUGGAACGCAACAGGAACCGGUCCUUCUUCUCGUGAAAUCCUUCAUGGAGUUCUUAUUUCAACAUGCCCAGAACAAUAACAAUAUAUAUUUGAACUCAUAGGAAGUUCUGAUCCCUUUCAAGUAAGCAUUAUAUAUGUAGAAUUCCGUUCUGUUAAGGCCAAUUUGUAGAGCUUAACUCACUAUUACGAAUUUGGGAGAAGUUUCAUAGCCCUCUUUUGUACUACCACAAUAUGAGAAAAAUCAAUCCUUUCCAACGAGUUAAUAAUAUAUUUUUCCAAAUAAUUGUAUCAAACUGACAAAUAAGUUAUCCUUCUGUUGUUGCUUGUAAAGUCCAUGUAGUGUGUCUUGUUUUUUCUUUUCAUGGUGUUUGACUGAACUUGUAUUAUUGAUUUUUAUUUUUUCUUGAAGAAUUUGUUAUAUGCAGCCGGUGAGAGAAAUUUGAAACUGCGUUGCCGUAAAUGACAGGAUAAUUAACUAGUGAAUAAUUAUUUAGACCUCAGAAAUGAUUGUAUUGUAUAGAAUUUGUUAUAGAAGGUUUAACGUAUAAAUGUUGCAACGUGACAGCCCUCUCAUAAAAUCGUAUCU